AUGCCGCCAAUAUAUUCUAAACCAAGUGCGGUGAUGCAACAGUUAGAAGAGGAAGCGCUCAUGGAGCAAUGUAUCGAGGCGAUGUUGGAAGACGAGCAGAGAGAACGGCAGCGUCCGCACAACGGGCACAACAAUCACCAUUUCCCCACAACGAGCAACGGUUCUGCGGGGGAAUUCUCCCUGGAAGAGGCGGUGUCGCGGUCGACCCUCAACCCGCUCGCGGCGGAGUUCGUGCCCAGUGGCAGGCCGCCACCUCCCACCACAGAAGAAAAGCAAGAAUCUCCACCGGAAGCGUCGGCGGAGCCAGUUCGGGCUGAAGAGGAGUCCAGUGCAUCCGAAGAACACAGUCAUAGCAAAACAGACGAGUCACAACCAACGGAGCCCCCCGAGGUGAGCGCGGCAGAUAUCGCCCCGAUCGAAAAGAGGCCCAAAGAGAAGAAGCCUGAAAAGAAACCAGAACUCAAAAAACCGGCCAAGCAAGAACCCAAGAAAAAGCCGCAGGUCGUUAAGUCGGAUACGAAAGUUCCGGCCAAAAAGAAAGAAGUGAAGGCAGUGAAAAGCGAAGUCAAAAUUGAAGACAAAAUCGAAGAGAUCACGACGGCUACCGCUGCCAUAGAUUCACCCAAGCUCCAACCAUCACCAGCGGAAGAAGCCUUACCAGCAGGCCCGAAACCCAUCAACUACGCGGCGGCGGCAAAAGCCAACAAACCGAAGAAGCCAUCCACCUCACCUGUAACAGAAAAGACCCCCCCGCCGGAAGUCAAAAAACUAUCACCGGAGGUCACCAUCAAGCCUAAAACCGAUAAAAAACAAAAAGAGAAACCGAUACAAAGAAAAAACUCAACCAAGUAAGGUGUUCUUUUUUAUCUCGUCUUUUGGAGUCAAAAUUUAUUUUCAGUGUGUACAAAGAUUUUUAUUAUAAAAUUUGCUUUUUUGUUUUCGCUACAAAACUGUAUUCAAGUUGAUUCGAAUUGGAAAUUCGCGCGCUGUAGUCGCGGCCAAGUUCUUUCAAAUUCCCGUCGCAUUUUGACGCAGGCAAUUUUGGCCCAGUUUUGUAGUAAGGACCGUUAUUAUUUUUAAUGUUGAGAUUCUGCGAUCAUGGGUUUAUUUCUAAUUUACGGAAUUUAUCUUUCUUUUCGUUGUACAUUUUCACGUUGUUAUAAUAAUUAUUAUAUUACUAGUGUUUUUUAUUUCAAUAAUUUGCGAGUAUUAAAGUACUCUGUUAUUUUAAAAUUAUAUUGCAAAGGCAAGACCAGUUAGACCCC